AUGUCUGAAAAAGCUUCACAACCGCCAGUACGUAGUCGCAAAACUUCAGUGUAUCGCUACGAUACCACGACGGAGAAGGGUGUUUUCCCCUAUGCAAAGGCACACGUCGACCUCAAUAACAACCCAACUGCCGAGAUCUCGAACCCUUUGGCUAACGUUCCCCGUGAAUAUCUACUCGAGCAUGUCACGCGGUUUACCAGAUGGAAUGACUUAUCCGAGUACGUUCCGCUCAUGCGUAAGGGCGUCCUAGUUUCCAGGGAUCCCGAUAGCUUCGAGGAUAUCUCGGGGCCUGAAGCGCUUGAUACUGAGGAAAUUGAAGCCUUGAGACGGGAAAAAACACAUAAAUGGAGAGUCCCUAAGCUCCUCUACCUAACGAUCAUCACCUGCUCCAUAGGAGCAGCCUUUGGUAUAGGCGGGGAUUCAGACCGAGACGUGUUUCUGGUCGGUCUCAUCAAUUCGGCCCCUUAUAUUGGGUCAGCACUUAUAGGUUGUUGGCUUUCGGAUCCGCUCAACAACCGGUUUGGACGUCGAGGAUGCAUAUUUAUAUCUGCCCUGAUUUGCUUGAUAACUCCUAUACUUGGAGCUCUCACCAGGAGUUGGAUGCAAUUCUUGAUUUCGAGACUCCUUCUCGGUAUCGGCAUGGGAAUCAAAGCUGCGACCGUGCCGAUAUAUGCUGCUGAGAAUAGUCCUGCAUCUAUCCGCGGUGCUUUGGUGACAUCAUGGCAAAUGUGGACCGCGUUCGGCAUUUUCCUUGGAUGCACUGCUAAUUUAGUGGUUGGCCAAGUUGGCAGAAUCUCCUGGAGACUCCAGGUUGGUUCGGCCUUCAUUCCAGCGGUCCCUCUAACGUUGCUCAUUCUAUUUUGUCCGGAAUCGCCGAGAUGGUACAUCAAAAAAGGUCGGGUUCGACAGGCGAUAGAGUCGCUCUUACGACUACGCAAUCAUCCUAUCCAAGCGGCUCGCGACCUUUAUACUAUAUAUGCCCAGGUAGAGAUCGAAUCUGAGGCCAUAAGCGACUCGACCUAUAUUGAACGGAUUGUUCAGCUCUUUACGAUCCCUCGUAUUAGAAGGGCUACUCUUGCUUCUUUUGUGGUCAUGAUCGGCCAGCAGAUGUGCGGCAUCAAUAUUAUAGCCUUCUAUUCUUCCAGCGUAUUUAAAGAAGCGGGAACUUCCGAUUUCAAUGCCCUUCUAGCAUCGUGGGGGUUCGGUCUUGUAAACUUCCUCUUUGCUUGGCCAGCCAUCUGGACGAUCGAUACCUUUGGCCGGCGCUCGCUGCUACUUUUCACAUUCCCGAAUAUGGCGUGGUCGCUACUAGCUGCUGGUCUAUGUACGCUCAUCCCUAAAGCCUCUACAGCUCAUACCGGCCUAGUAGCGCUAUUCAUAUAUGUGUUUGCUAUGUUUUAUUCGCCCGGCGAGGGUCCCGUUCCAUAUACGUAUAGUGCAGAGGUCUUUCCGCUCUCACACCGCGAGGUUGGGAUGGCGUGGGCCGUUGCUACUUGUCUUUUCUGGGCUGCUGUAUUGUCGAUCACAUUUCCCAAAAUCCUCGCGGCCGUGGGUGUUUUGGGCACCUUCUGUCUAUAUGCGGGGUUCAACGUCACGGCUUUGGUGAUGAUUUUCUUGUGGAUGCCCGAGACGAAGCAGCGGACCCUAGAAGAACUCGACUACGUCUUUGCCGUGCCUAUGGGCAUAUUUAUGAAGUACAACUGCACUAAGGUUAUUCCAUGGUGGUUUAGGCGAUAUGUCCUACGGCAACGCGGGGCUAUUCUAGAACCCCUUUACCACCUCAACGGACCAGAUGACGCUGCUGCACCGAAUUUCGUAAUACAAGACGAGUCGACAACCGAUAGCGACACAGGCACUCCCAUUAGUACUAGACAGUCUUUUGCUGUCCAGGAUGUCCCAAGCAGUGCUACAACUACCGGUACCGAUGCCGUUGAUGUGAUUUAUCGCGCCGAGAAAGAAGCAACUGCCUUCCGUCGCUUCUCAUGGCAUGGUCCCGGCGUUCACAGACAUCCUGCUCAUGCGGAUCCAUAUCCUACGCACCCUCCAUACCAUACAUAAAGACCAGAGGACAGGGUAAAACAAGUCUCUCUCUAGACAUGAAUGUCUUGCACUGUUUUAUACAACAACGGAACUAAAAAACCUGUUGGGUGGGAAUCUUGUAAAGCCUAACUAGUUGAGGUAG